CAAAAGCCACGCACCCCUUCCAUGGUUUGCUGUUUGGAAGCCCGAUUAUGGAGGUUAGCGCAACCAAAGUCCCACAGUAACACCCGAACCUUCAUCCCUCCACCUGCUCACGGUCACUACGCAACCUUUCCAGCCUGGCUUUCUGACAUUCGCCUAACCAACGAGAAAUAUGUCGCUCGCCAGCACACCACGCUCGUCCUCAAGUUUCGCCCACGACAAGCAGGAAGAUGAAUCUGCACUCAUCGCCGAGCGCCUCUUCGAAAAAGCCGACGCGCCACGCAAACCGGCGGAAGGACGGGCAGAGGAAGUUGCAGCCUCGUCCAAGACAACCAACAGCGACUCGAUGGAACGGCGGAUGCGCAUGGCGCGGGUGAUGGACAAGCAGCAAAAGCGGAUAUCGGCGCACAUCCAGCAGUUCUGUAAGCUGUCCGUCUCGAUCAUCGGCACGGAUAUCGUUUUCGAUGUCACGAUUAGCCGCACAGAGAAGGUGGAGGGGCUUGCGAGAUUGAUUGAAGCGGAAUAUGCGUAUAAGUGCUUUUAUAAGGGCGCUGGCCAGACGUCGCUGGAGAUGGGAGGUGAGGCGGUGCCGUUGCAGAUUGGCCAGAUGUAUAAUGCCGGACGGUUGGCGCUGAGGUUCAAUGAUUUGGUUGGGGAUGUACUUGGGUAUACGGAUCGGGUAUCGGUUAUCAAUGCCUUCGAAGGGCCGAGCUUGCAGCGCAGUCUUGUACCGCCGGAGGACGACCCCUCGACUGGAACCAAUGAUAUGGUGGAGAUAUCCUCGCUGACAAAACCGCACUCUCACAGCGAGGAUAGCGAAGGCCUCGCCGCUGGCGUCUACCGGCGCGCUACCAGCAGCUCAUCGCGCGACCGGGACGCACCGUCCAACGACACCCUAAGCCGCAACCCGAGCGCCUCGCUCGACAACCGCCUGCAACCGUACCUGCGCAACGAAAUGGCGUUGCGAUACUUUGCAGAGUUCUGUUUCGAGGAAUACACGCUUGAGAUUUUGCUUUUCUGGAUCGACGCGGAGGUGUACCAGGCGUGCGGGGAGGCGCAGCGACGAGGGUUCGCGAAGUAUAUGUAUCUCAAUUAUGUGGAACGGACGUCGCCGCUGCAGGUUAACUUGACGCCGGAUCUGUGCCGGGAGUUGGAGCAGUUGAUCAAAUCGGGAAAGCUGGAUUCUACGACGUUUGAUGAGGCGCAGGAGCAGGCGUACGCGAUGAUCAAGAAUCAUUCUUUCGUGAAGUUUGAGGGUAGUAAAUUACACAGCGAAUGCCUUCAGGCGAAGAAAGCAGACAACGCUGCCUACCAAAAAGGCCGCCUCACCGAGCCCUUCAUACGGCACUUCGCAACCAGCCCGAUCGAAGCGCAAGCAAUGCUCCCCCUCCUCGAGCGCAUGGUGACACCUACCGAAAACGACCGGAAAUUGUCGUCCACUUCCCAAAACACCAACAUCGGGUUCCGGGAAAACAUGCUCGACCGUGUCAUCGCGCGCUACCUCCCAUAUUUCGACCGGUCGAUAGAGGGCUAUUUCAGUGAAGGGAACCGCAACCGCUGGAGCAGCAAGCAGGCGCGCAUGCACAAAGAGAAGAAACUCGCAAAGUUUUUCGGGGAACGUCCGUCGGUUGAUCUCGUCCAGCAGCAGAUCGCGCUGGCGUCCGCGAAUUACCUGCGCGAGGCCAUGAAAGGGUUUCCGAACGAGUCGCCGCAUGAUUUGUUUGGCGCGGCGCAGAGCCCGAACGAGGAGGAGAUUACUUAUGUGGAUUUCCAGCGGCAGAUGAUACGGAGACGGAAGAAGGAGAAAUUGGAGGAGUUCUUUGGGAAUCGGUUGCCUGACCGGCAGAAACGGAAUCAGAGGUUGAUGGUCAGCGGGAAAGCGUUUGGGUCGGGUGACCUGAGUCUAGGUACGAGUUCCGAUGACGACAGUAGCGAGGGCGGCAGCUAUGAGACACUUCCGCCCGGACCCACCGAGAACGAACUCGACCCGGAAGAGAGGAGGAUCCUGCAAAAGCGGACGAAAAAGAUCUCGAGGAUGCUGGGAGAAGCUAUGAACGAGCAGACGAUUUCGCAGCGGGUCACGCAUGCUGCCAAGUUGCAGUCUUUCAACAGCCAACAGGAGAUCCCGCAACUGCCACCCAUCACAACGUCCUCAUUUUCCUUGGGCGAUCCGUAUUGGCAACAACCCGCCGAUGCGCAGGAUUCCGACUCGAAAUUUAUGCACAAGAAGAGAUUGGACAAGAUCUCGCAGUUGAUGGGCGAACGCAUCGGAGUCAGCGAUCUGGAAGAAGCGCAGAAUCAGGCCAGUGGGGCACCGUCGCUGGCAGGGCCUGGGCCUAAUCGUCCGCUGACAUCGGAAGAAAAGCGGCAGUUUCAAUGGAAGGCGUCGAAGCUGGAACGGGUUCUCGGGCAAUUGCCGCCGGUGGAAGCGCUGAUGCGGUCGUUACCCGCUGAGCAAAAGACCGAAGUCGCUACAUUGCAUCGUGGGUUGGUUGGGUUAUCAUUUUUGGUGAGAAAUGCAAAUGCCCUCGAGUUGUUGGAUACGUUAUCGGAGAUCACGCAGGGAGGGGCUGAUGCGCCGCCGGGGGAGCUUUCGUUCACGGGGUCGUCUGAUACGACACCAGAUGGGUCCAAGGAUCCGAGGAAACGACAGGGACAGGAAAAGCUGAAGAAGCUGCGGAGAUUUUUCGGCGACAACGUAACGGUAGAAAAGAUCCUGGAGACUCAAAUCCUUGCAGAUGUCGAACGAUCGUUACAGGACUUGCAGACGAGUCCCCACGAGCGAAACCUUUUGCGCGCGGAGGUCGACAGUAUACGCUCCGAGCUUCGACGACGGAGCGACGAGUUCAGUGGGGAACUGCAGUGAGACUUGAAACAAAUGUACAUAUACCUGACUGCAUGACAGCGAGAACGUGUAAAAUAUACUCCUUUUUGGAAUGGGGUCUGGGGAUAGAGACUUCCGUGGACAAAACAUUGAGCAAUCUCCGGUUGGCC